CACCUCGCACUCCCCAUUCUAUCCUCAUGGGGCGCGCUAAUCUCUCACGAUAGUACCAAAAAAAAAACAAAAAUACAUCAUAUGUAUAGUUUUUAAUCACAUACCAGUUACUGGGACCAAGUGAUAAGUGAUACGAACUGACGGCAACGUAGUAAUUCCACCAUGGAGGACGCUCACACGAAAUCCGUGGAAGAAGUUUUAAGCUAUUUCGGCACAGACCCAGACAAGGGCCUUAGCCCUGACCAAAUCAAAAGGAAUCAAGAAAAAUAUGGGCCAAAUGAACUGCCUACGGAAGAAGGUAAAAGUAUAUGGCAGUUAGUCCUGGAACAAUUCGAUGACCUUUUAGUGAAGAUUUUACUGUUAGCUGCUAUUAUAUCUUUCGUCCUUGCGUUAUUUGAAGAACAUGAAGACGCUUUUUCAGCGUUCGUAGAACCCUUUGUAAUUUUAUUAAUUCUUAUUGCUAAUGCUGUUGUAGGAGUAUGGCAGGAAAGAAACGCCGAAUCCGCCAUCGAAGCUUUAAAAGAAUACGAACCCGAAAUGGGUAAAGUAAUAAGAGGAGAUAAAUCCGGCGUACAAAAAGUUAGAGCGAAAGAAAUCGUUCCCGGGGACGUCGUAGAGGUGUCCGUUGGAGACAAAAUUCCCGCCGAUAUCCGCCUAAUCAAAAUUUUCUCUACUACCAUCCGUAUUGACCAGUCCAUCUUGACUGGUGAGUCUGUGUCUGUCAUUAAGCACACGGACGCCAUCCCUGACCCCCGCGCUGUAAAUCAGGACAAAAAGAACAUCCUUUUCUCUGGUACUAAUGUAGCUGCUGGUAAAGCCCGUGGUGUUGUCAUUGGCACUGGCCUAAACACUGCCAUUGGUAAAAUCCGUACCGAAAUGUCUGAGACUGAGGAGAUUAAGACACCGUUGCAACAAAAACUCGAUGAGUUCGGAGAGCAAUUGUCUAAAGUUAUCUCUGUUAUCUGCGUUGCCGUAUGGGCUAUUAACAUUGGACAUUUCAACGAUCCUGCCCAUGGAGGAAGCUGGAUCAAGGGCGCCGUAUACUAUUUCAAAAUUGCCGUCGCUUUGGCCGUCGCCGCCAUUCCUGAAGGUCUACCGGCUGUCAUCACUACUUGUCUCGCUUUGGGUACCAGAAGAAUGGCCAAGAAGAACGCUAUUGUCAGGUCCCUGCCUUCAGUAGAAACCCUCGGUUGCACAUCUGUCAUUUGCUCCGACAAGACUGGUACACUCACCACUAACCAAAUGUCUGUCUCUCGUAUGUUCAUCUUCGAAAAAAUUGAGGGAGGCGACAGCAGUUUCCUUGAAUUUGAAAUCACUGGUUCCACUUACGAACCCAUCGGAGAUGUUUACUUGAAAGGACAAAAGGUUAAGGCUUCUGAAUUCGAUGCGCUCCAAGAAUUAGGCACUAUCUGCAUCAUGUGCAAUGACUCUGCUAUUGACUUCAACGAAUUCAAACAAGCCUUCGAGAAGGUCGGUGAGGCCACUGAAACAGCUCUUAUUGUACUUGCUGAGAAGAUGAACCCCUUCAAUGUCCCUAAGACCGGCCUCGACCGCCGCUCAUCUGCCAUUGUCGUCCGUCAAGAAAUUGAAACCAAAUGGAAGAAAGAGUUCACACUUGAAUUCUCUCGUGACAGGAAAUCUAUGUCCUCCUACUGUACACCUCUCAAACCUUCCCGUCUCGGCACUGGACCUAAACUGUUCGUCAAGGGUGCACCUGAAGGUGUAUUGGAACGUUGCAGCCACGCACGUGUCGGAACAAGUAAAGUACCUCUUAACUCUACACUUAAGAAUCGCAUCUUGGAUCUCACCCGCCAGUAUGGUACCGGUCGCGACACCCUGCGUUGCUUGGCCUUAGCUACUGCUGACAACCCGAUGAAACCUGAUGAAAUGGACCUUGGAGACUCAACCAAAUUCUACACUUAUGAAGUCAACCUAACUUUCGUUGGUGUCGUAGGCAUGUUGGACCCUCCCCGUAAAGAAGUUUUCGACUCGAUUGUUCGUUGCCGCGCUGCCGGUAUCCGCGUAAUUGUCAUCACUGGCGACAACAAGGCCACAGCUGAAGCCAUCUGCAGGCGGAUUGGCGUGUUCGGCGAGGAUGAGGACACAACUGGCAAGUCCUAUUCUGGUCGCGAGUUCGAUGACCUUCCCGUAUCAGAACAACGUGCUGCUUGCGCCAAGGCUCGUCUGUUCUCCCGCGUGGAGCCCGCUCACAAGUCUAAGAUUGUUGAAUACUUACAAAGCAUGAACGAAAUCUCCGCUAUGACUGGUGACGGUGUGAAUGACGCGCCCGCUCUGAAGAAGGCCGAGAUCGGUAUCGCUAUGGGCUCAGGUACCGCUGUAGCUAAGUCCGCUGCCGAGAUGGUGCUCGCUGACGACAACUUCUCAUCCAUUGUAGCUGCCGUUGAGGAAGGUCGCGCCAUCUACAACAACAUGAAGCAGUUCAUUCGUUACCUGAUCUCUUCAAACAUCGGUGAGGUGGUCUCCAUCUUCUUGACGGCUGCCUUGGGUCUUCCCGAAGCCCUGAUCCCUGUACAGCUUCUGUGGGUCAACUUGGUAACAGACGGUCUGCCCGCCACCGCCCUCGGCUUCAAUCCCCCCGAUCUCGACAUCAUGGACAAACCACCCCGCAAGGCUGAUGAAGGUCUCAUCUCUGGAUGGCUGUUCUUCAGGUACAUGGCCAUCGGUGGUUACGUAGGCGCCGCUACAGUAGGCGCUGCCUCCUGGUGGUUCAUGUACUCACCGUACGGACCGCAGAUGACGUACUGGCAACUCACGCAUCACUUGCAGUGCCUCGGUGGCGGAGACGAGUUCAAGGGCAUCGACUGCAAGAUCUUCACUGACCCUCACCCUAUGACGAUGGCGCUCUCUGUGCUGGUGACGAUCGAGAUGUUGAACGCUAUGAACAGUUUAUCUGAGAACCAGUCGCUGGUGUCGAUGCCGCCGUGGUCCAACAUGUGGCUCAUCGGCUCCAUGGCUUUGUCGUUCACACUUCACUUCGUCAUUCUAUACGUCGAGGUCCUCUCGGUGGUGUUCCAAGUGACGCCGCUGUCUGUGGACGAGUGGGUGACGGUGAUGAAGUUCUCGAUACCAGUGGUGCUGCUGGACGAGGUGUUGAAGUUCGUCGCGCGCAAGAUCUCCGACGGUGAGAGGAACUGGCUCGACGGCAUGCAAUGGAUUGUGCUCAUGUGGGCCGUAUUUUUCGGCAUCAUCAUCUACGGACCUCUCUAAGCGGCCCAGUGCUCACCCAUUUUGUUCACACCUCUAAUUACCCCCCAUCAUACCUGAAUUCCGCGUUACCCACGCGAUUGUAUCAACGCGUGGGUAGCGUGAAUUCUGCCGUGGAAAACAAAUAGACUGUGAGCGUGUGCUCACCACGGCGCAUUAACCUGAACGGAAUGCUAAUCCGGCGCACGCACGGUGUGAAGUGACCCUAGUGCACGGUGACGGACGGGCCGCGGUACUUCCCCGAAAACUCGUGUGAUUCCGUCUUUAUUUAUACGUGCGAGACAUGUAUUGUUUUUUAAGGAGGACGCAUAAUUUUUCAUUUCUCUUUAUAUUUACUCGUAGCUAGAGAUGAAGAGGCUGUGAAGAGCUUCAUUGUAUAGUGCUAAUUUGUAACACCAAAAAUUGGUUUAAUAUUAACGUUUUAAAAUUGGUAAAUAAUUGUAAUAUUUCUUUUACGUGUGAUUACAGAUUUUGUAUAAAUACGAUAGUGCUUGGAACUCCAUUUUUAAGAAUAUCAUUUUUAUGGACUCGCACUCGGCUCAGUACCUUGUCCUUAUGGACAGCAGACAUAUAAAAAUUUACUAUAUUAUAGUAAUGUGCAUUGUUAGUGCUUAGUGUAAUUUAUUGUAAGUAUAUUGUUAGGGAACGGUUACAAUUAUUUUGCUCGGCAAACCUCUCAGUAGGAAAAUAAACCCGCUCUGUCCUUUCACCUGUGACUGCUUGUUAACAUUCCUUUUUGCAUUUCUAUUUCAACUUGAAUUAUAUGAAGCAACCACUUUAUAAUGAUACCUACCUGUUUUUUUCUCUCUAACAGCGAUUUCAUGCUAUAUUAACAUAAUGAGGAUGAUGGAAGAUUUUUCUAUUGUAUUUGUGAUAUAAUUUGAUUACAACGAAAGCUAUUCAAUUAUUCUUUUACAAAUCGUCCAAUGUAUUUCUUAUGUGAAAAGAGUUACAGGUUUCUAUAAAGCAAUAUAGUCAAUGUAUGUAUGAAUGGUAUAAUGUGUUUAUUUGGAAUUGUUAAAUUGGUUCUUGAAUAAGUUUUCUAUUUAUCUUUGAUUGGAUACACUGUCAGUAAUGCUUAUUAUUGAGACAUAAUAUUACAGUAAGUUUAAGAAAACUAGUUUCGAAAUAGAUACCUAUUUUUUCGUUAUGGUAUACAAGGAUUGUACUUCCAUACUAUGAUUAAUUUUAUUUGCAUGUGUUUUGUACAUUGCAUGUUUUAAUUUAAGAGUGCAGUUUGGUUUGGUAUAUAACUAAAAAUAAUAAUCUCUAAAAUAUAUUGUCGUAUAUUUAUUAUAUUGUGUACUACUACAUUGUAAGACCGUCAACAUUGACCGAUAUGCAAAGUAAGACAACCACCACACACUGCACAAUGAAGGGCAUGCUCAAAUUCCUACAUUACUUUUAUCCCCAACCUUUUCCAACUGUUAAUAUAAUGAAAUAACUUAUUUAAAUGUACAGACGUUUAUCUUGUACAAACAAAAUAUGUAUUUUACAUUAAUUAAAAAUAUCAAGAAUUAAAAACUCGCAAU